CCGCUCACGUGGGCACGGGUCCUUUCAGCCUCCCUGGCUGUCCCCGGCGGAGUCCAAGGACUUAACUCCGUGCCAUUCACUCGGUCUCCCGCGAUGGGCUCUAGGACUCAGUAUCUGAGUUGCCUGGCAGCCAACUUGAUGAAGAAUCAAGUGGCCAUCGUCACCGGGGGUGGCACGGGCAUCGGAAAGGCCAUCGCGAAGGAGCUGCUGCACCUGGGAUGUAACGUGGUCAUCGCCUCCCGCAAGCUGGACAGAUUGAACUCUGCUGCAGAUGAGCUAAGAACCACCCUGCCGCCCUCUAGUGGGGCUCAAGUCACUGCCCUCCAGUGCAACAUCCGUAAGGAAGAGGAGGUUGAUAAUUUGGUCAAAUCUACCUUAGCUAUUUAUGGUAAAAUUGACUUCUUGGUAAACAAUGGAGGAGGCCAGUUCCUAUCUCCCCCUGAGCAGAUCACUGCCAAGGGCUGGAAUGCUGUGAUUGAAACCAACCUGACGGGUACUUUCUACAUGUGCAAAGCAGUGUACAAUUCCUGGAUGAAAACACACGGAGGAUCUAUCGUCAAUAUCAUUGUCCUUCUUCAGAGUGGGUUUCCUGGAGCUUCGCACAGCGGAGCUGCGAGAGCAGGCGUUUACAACCUGACCAAGUCCUUGGCUGUGUCCUGGGCCAGCAGUGGAGUGAGGAUCAACUGCGUUGCUCCUGGAGUAAUUUAUUCCAAGACUGCUGUGGACAACUAUGGUGAUUUGGGACAAACCAUAUUUGCAAGUUCCUAUGCUAACAUCCCAGCUAAACGACUUGGAGUUCCUGAAGAGGUCUCCUCCGUGGUGUGCUUCCUGCUGUCCUCUGCGGCCUCUUUUGUCACCGGGCAGCUGGUGGCCGUGGAUGGGGGCCAGUCUCUGUAUUCUCGCUUAAGUGACAUACCAGACCAUGACAACUGGCCCGCGGGAGUCGGGGACCUCUCUGCCGUCAGGAAGAUGAAGGAAUCUUUAAAGCAGAGAGCCAAGCUCUAAGCCAAGGAAACAACCAGCUCCCUUUUGUUCUCUAGUGCCUUGACCCCUUGAGCAUGUGCUUCCAGACUUCACAAGGCCUUAUAAUUUCUGUGGAAAUUGUUUUAAUGUUAUGAGUUCUCAAGAGCUUAUAAUUUUUAUGGAAAAUCAUUUUUUAAUGUUACAAAUAAAAUCUAUGUUAAAAACUA